AUUUAAUACAACCUGUAGCCCAAUAUGAGUACGAGUUCGUUCGAGGUCUCCUUAGUGCAGGAGGAGCAGCAGGAGAAACAGCCCAAGGGGAAUAAUCUGUGGAUUGGAAUCGUUCUAACAGUGUUAGCAUUGUGAGGAGGAUCUUCAAUUAUCCCCUUUGUAGAUGAGUAUAAAGGAGUGGAUGUUGUGCUGAGGAAUAUUUGGAGAUGGCAGAUACUUGUGGUCUAUUGUUUGCCCUGUAGUGUUUAUUUUUGGUAUAAUAGUAGGAAAUUUAUUGAGGUUGAGAAGGUGUUUACGAGAGAGACUUGGAUAGAGCUCUUUGUGUCGGCUUUGUUGUGGAUUUUUGGAUCGAUUUUGUAUAUAUGGAGCUCGGAUUUUACCUUGGUCUCACAUUCAGGACUUUUGGGGAAUUUGGCAGGUGUUUUUCUGGUGAUGGUUAAUAUUGUCAGAGCAGUUCCAGUUCAUCGUUUGGAGGUAUAUGGGACUAUUCUUGUGGUGAUAUCAGCAAUCAUUUUUAUGAAUGAUAAUGCUUCAACUAAGACUAAUGGACAGACAAAUAUCCUGCUUGGUGAUAUCAUGUCAUUAUGCUCUGCACCAAUAUUUGGGAUGUAUUAUGUGUAUAAUUCAAGACUACUUCAGAAGUUGCCUGCAAUGGUAAUACUUCAGAUAAGCUUCACGAUUCAACUUGUGAUUCAUAUUGUUUUCUACAUUUUAGUGAUGAAAACAGACAAAUUUUAUUCAUUUGAUUCUUAUUAUGGAGUUUUAGGUUGGGCUUCGGAUACUUAUUUAUUCCACUCUCUUGUAUUUAUUGGAAUUUCUACAGGACUUUUCGGAGUAGGAGGCUAUGUGUUUACUCUGAACUUCUUUCCUCCUCAUAUUGUUGGGAAUAUCUUUCUUCUCGAGCCUGUAUUUGCACAGUCUCUCGGAUGUAUUCUCGGACAAGAUAAUAUACCUGGCUUAAUCACAUAUAUUGGUACAAUUGGAAUUACCGUCGGACUUGGAAUUUUAAUCAAAGGAGAUCUUCUCAACAAACAAACUUGCCAAGACACCCCCAACCCAAGCGAGGCAAUCAAGCAAGCUGACUCCAAAUCCGUGCACUCCUCUCUCAUCAUAGACCCGUAACCCCAAUCCUAUAUAAUCCUUCAAAAGCUCUUUUUACCUUCUUUGGGUUUAAAUAUCUUAAUUUUGUUCUAAAACAAGGUUUUC